CUCUCUCAAUCUCAAGCCAAGAAUUGGCAGGGGGCACGUACGCAUGAGGCCGAUGGCUACGGCGGCGCCGCCACCGGCGGUGUCGGCGGCCGUAUCGCCGUGGCACUCGCCGGUGCCGUACCUGUUCGGCGGGCUGGCCGCCAUGCUGGGCCUCAUCACGCUCGCGCUCCUCAUCCUCGCGUGCUCCUACUGGAAGCUCAACAACUACCUCGGCACGGACCACUCCUCCUCAUCCCCCGCCGCCGGCAACGGAGAUGACGGCUCCAAGUCGCCGGCGACGGCGGCACCGGCGUCCCCGGCGCUGUUCAGGGACCUCGUCGCCGUCGUCAUGGCAGGGGAGAACAUGCCCACGUUCUUGGCCGCACCGAUCGUCCGUCAACCACCGUCCACUGAUCACACCUCCGCCGCCGCCGAUGGGGCGGCGGGCUCGCCGGAGAAUCGGUGCAACUUGCGCGGCGGAGGCGAGGCGAGCCGUGCACAGCUGAGCUAAGCUAGUUCAGCCGUGGAUCUCCAACUGCAAAAAGGAGACCUUUCGAGGGCCUUUCUGAUAAUUUUCUUAGUCUCCUUUGCAAAGCAUGCAUGUUUUUUUUAAAACCUUUACGUUACUACCGGGAUUGUAAAUAACCUAU